AUGCACCUCAAACACCUCCUCCUCUUCACCCCUCUCUACCUCCCCUUCACCCUAGCAACAACAACAACCCCCAACACCAUCGCCCCCCGCGCCCCCCAAUCCACCAGCGGAAGCCUCCUCGACGACCUCCCCACCAUCGUCGACGGGAUCAAAGAGCUCCUCAGCACCGACACCGUCAACAAACUCGAAACGAUCGUCAACGGCGGCGCGACGCUUCUGGGCGGCGACACGCCGAAGAAUCUGCAAAAGUUGUUGUCCGGUGAUAAUAUCGACAAGUUGCAGAGUAUUAUUGAUAAUGCGAAUACGUUGCUCUCGGGCACGUUUGUGAAUCAAACGGGGGAGUUGAUUGGGGAGGCGGCGCCGCUGGUUUCGGAUUUUUCGGCGAUUUUGACGGCGGUGUUGAAGACGGCAUGA